UUUAAGAAUGAACUGAGACUCAUGCGUGAACUCCAACAUAGAAACAUUAUUCGGAUAUUAGGAUUUUGCAUUCAUGUUGACGAAAGAGUUCUAAUAUAUGAGUACAUGGCAAACGCAAGUUUGGACUACCAUUUAUUUGAUGUUUCUAACAAUAUAUGGGACAGGUUCAUCCAGUGACUUGCUACUAGAUUGGAGUAAGUGUUUCAACAUAAUUGAAGGAAUUGCUCAAGGAUUGUUCUACUUGCACAAAUACUCCAGACUGCUAAUUCAUAAUGUAAAAGCUAGUAAUGUUCUACUUGAUGCACAAAUGUAUCCCAAAGUUGCUGAUUUUGGUUUAGCAAAGAUUUGUGCAGAUGAUGAAGAGACAGUAGAAACUGCGGCAAUUUGUGGGACAAUGGGUUACAUGGCUCCCGAAUACCUCAUAACGGGCAUCCUGUCCAUGAAAACCUGUGGAAGUAAAGCCACUUGUGCAUCUUACUUCAUGCUUAAGUUCUUGAUAAGCAUGAUCUUCUUGAUUAGUCAAAAAUGGAGGCUUGCUUCAUGCUUAAGUUCUUGAUAAGCAUGGUAUUUUUGAUAAGUCAAAGAUUGUGACUUACUUCAUGCUUAAGUUGUUGAUAGGUCAAAGAUUG